AUGAUUCACCUGGGCCUUUGCUGCAGAGUCACCACAAGUGGCGAGCAUUCUGCGUUGCCGCAGUAUCUCCUCAAGCUCCGCCUUUUUCUGCACUCAAACAUGCUCUUCAGUUCUCAGCAACGCUUGUUGAUGGCAUACAACAAAGAAGACCAAAUCUCGAGACACAAGUGCAAGAGCGCCCGACAGGAGAGGAGGGAGAGGGGCUCUGUUUCCGCUGCCGUCUUUGUGGGUAUUGGUGUGGGUAAUGGUGCUGGUGCUGGCGUUGAAGUUGGCGUUGGCUUGGGCGUUCGUAGAAGUGGUAACUGCGGUCGGGCUGAUCGGGGUGUUGAAGUUGAGCGGCGUCAUGUCGAACUGACUGCGCAAGAUGUUGCUUUUAACCCCAUGAUAGGCGGAGGGGGUAAGGGGGUGUACGGCCAGAACUGUAUGUGGGUCUAUGUUGAGCUCACGUAG